AAAGUCACCGAAUAAGUCAUAGGAUCCAACAUGGCAGCGUCCUACAGCAGCAUUUACUGAGAGACAGUUUCUCCUGUUAAAGUUGAUAAGUCAGUUCUAAAUAAGAAAUAGCCAGGGGACGAUACGAGUCCAGCAGCGAUUCAGUGUUUAAAAAUGGCGGCGCCGCUGUUUUCUCCAAGCGUCUUGCUGAAGGACUUGAGCCGGUUGUCCGCGCACAGAGGAGCAAUCCGCCCGAAGGCCCGCAGAUGCUUCAGUGUCAGCCGCGGUCUGACAGCCCGGGUCCCCGCCGCACGUAAACCCAGAGAAAAAGUGGAGAUCCCCGGACUUGAUCGGAUAACCUACGGGGAAAGGAUGCACUAUGUGCCGGGACUGGCUAAGCCCGUUUACCCAAAGUGGGAGAAGGACUACAAGGACCCGGCACAUUACACGUCUCCUCCAGCGCACGAGAUGCCGCUGUACAAGGAGAAGCCGUGUUAUGUGUUCAACCAGAGGACCAGUAUUCUGGAGGGUGUGUGUCAGGCCCUGUGGUUGACCAAAACUCAGCUCAUCUCUGGUCUGCCCCCUCAGCUUCUUGCGCUGGCAGCCAACCCUGCCAAUCAGAUCCCAGAUCAGGAUGAGCGUGUGCAGAAUGCCAUCAAACAUGCCCGCUUCUGGAAUACAACAGAGGAACGCCCGGGCAAAAGACAAUACAGCAACACUUUGCUCAUGAACCUGCUUCAUUUGUGCGCCACACUGCAGUGCAGUCACCCAGCCAUUGGACGGAGGAUCAGCUCUGAGAAGUACUCAUUGGCAGCUACAUGGAAAAGAGGUGAGGACUUGUUCCAGAUUAGGGGUCAAAAUGGUUUGCUGCACAACUGCAUGGAUCCCCUCCCAGCAGCUUCUGGGAAACAGGAAGUGGCAGAUACAGUGGAUCACGUCCUGGAAUCCUUCUACCCUGUGUCCCCCACCAUUGACCUGCAAAAAGUGCAUGUGUACAAGGAGCAGAUGAACUCUACAGGUUUUAGGGGAGACUUCCCUUACCCACAUGCCCACACGCUUUACUUACAAGAGGACGCUGAUGCUCAGUGCAAACUCAAGCCUGAACAGUUCAGAGCCAAGAUGGUGAUGUUUAGUUUUGGGAAUGCUCUGGCUCGUGCUCACAUGCUUUAUGGGAUGCAGCCCCAGCGUGUGUUAGACACUCCUAUCACAGUGCAAGCCGUGGGGACCAACGGUAGAAUUUUCCAGUUUAUGGUUUUCCAACUCAAUACCACAGAUCUCUCAGGAGACGACGGCGUCAAGAACCAGGUUUGGCUGGAGAAAGACAUUGAGCUCUAUGACUUCGCUAAAGUCCGACCACUAAUCAAGAAGAAGCAAGUGAAGGUCCCAGCUGGUCUGGCAGGGUACAAACCUGAAACUUUCAGCAAAUUCCUGGCCCUGUACCUGAAUGGAGCUGUAUAGAGCUGCUUAUUUUAUGUAUGAGUGCGUUGUUUUUUUUCUGUAUGUGAAUGGACACAAAGCAAGCACCAGUAAACUUUGUGUGUCUUUCCGAUCUAAGCCAAUAUCUUCUCAGAACUCAUCCUUGACCUAGUUCACAGGUUGGAAUCAUUUCUGAUAAUGUUAAAUAGACUGAAUAAACAGCUAAUUUUGAUGA